GUGUCGAGGCACGCUAUUGGCGGACGCCGCGGCCCCUUUCAGCCAAUCAGCGCCGCGCUUCUAGCCCGAGCCACAAGUCAACUUGCUAUAUACCAUCUCCUCCACGUCAAAGCGGCACGUCAAACAGAGAGUGGGCCAAUUGGGAAUUUCGACAGUGGGGGAGACAGCAACUCGUCGCUUAAAAAAAACUCUCGCCGCCAUUAUACCACCGAAGAAGGGGAUCCCGCCCAAGAGCCAUGGAGACAUCGUCGGUGUACAUGUGCUUCCCCUGCUACAAGGAGUUCAACACUUUGGAGGAAGUGCUCAAGCACCAGUUGACAUGCACGGCAGAGGAAGACCAGACAGACUCCUCUGGAACCACCCCUGUUAUUGUUCCGGUGCUCCAAACGCAGGCACAGCUGGCAGAGGAGUUCCCACAGAUCCAAGUCCAAGUCCAAGUGGAGCCUCAGCCUGAAGAGCCUGUUAGUCAAUCGGUCCAGGGGCUGGUGGUCACCGUGCAACCUGAAGUCAACGAAGAGCAUGUGGAAGAGCAGCCCAGAAUCCUCUACCAGUGUGGGGACUGCGAGGAGCUCUUUAAGAGCCUGGAUCUGUGGCAGAGUCACCGUAAAGAAGGUGCCUGUCAAAAGGUCGCUGAAGGCCAGUCGUCUCCUGAGCCACAGUCUGAGCUCUCACCGAGUGACGUCAGCAACCACAAACCUGAAGAAGCAGAGGGAGUCGGAAUAGAAGAGGAACAGCAGCAGGAAGUUGAAGAGAGUCCUUCCACUCAGAAUUCUGACCCAAUAGCAACUGAGGUGACACAGGAAGAGUCUCCCAGGAGGAGAGGGACCGUAAAAAAGCCCAAGCCUGAUCCCGUGCUCCUGUGUGUGGACUGUGGCUCCUGCUUCGGCCUUGUGUCCGAACUUGUGGCCCACCGAAAGACACAUGGCUUCGAGGAGGCCCUUCACCACUGCACAGUGUGCGGGGAGAGCUUUCUCAAUACCACCCUCUUCCUCUACCACCGCAAGCAACACCGGCAGAAAGGCGAAGGUAGCGUGACUGUGGCGAUGACCAGAUUGGAACAUCCCUACGAGCCAAGCAGCGUGACAGACGAACAGGACCAAAGUGGCGCUCUUUCCGCCCUGUCCGCACAGCAAACUGAGUUGUUCUUGUGCACCGAGUGCGGGGCGAACUUCAAAGGCUCGACUGAGUUGGCCACUCAUCGCAAGGCGAAGCACAAUCUGCUCAAGCCGCUCCACAGUUGUACUUACUGUGAGCAGACCUUCAUGAACACCACCCAAUACCUGUACCAUCGCAGGCAACACCGCGUCAUGGAGUGUGGGCCCAUAGAUGAUGUGGACAUGAGUGAGGAAGUAGCCACCUCUCAGGAUGCGCCGCAGAGCUCAAAGCAGCCACUCCCCGUGCCCGCCGCCGCUAACCAGUCGGAUGCACCACCGCCUGCUAAGAGAAGCAGGCCGAUUUUCCGGAUCGUGAGCAAAGGAAACAAGGACUCAGGCUUAAAGGAGGAGACAGAGAGUCUCACAGUAGCAGCCCCAGACACCGCAAACCUCCCUCCACCAGCAAAGUUGUUGCAGGACUGGUCCCGCACAGCUCUACCCCACGUGUGCCCGUACUGUGGCAAGACCUUUACCCGACGUGUCUUCCUGCGCACACACGUCUACAGUCACACGGGAGAAAAGCUCUUCACUUGCAAGGUGUGUUCAAAGUCUUUGAGCAACUCGCAGAGCCUGCUGCGGCACACCAUGAACCACUUUGGAAACAAGCCCUUCUGCUGCGACGUGUGCGGCAAAAACUUCGCUCAGGCGGCAACCCUGAAGAGGCACCAACUCAUUCACACGUCGGAGCAGCCUCGCCGCAAGCGCGGACGCAAACCGGUGUGUGACAUGGACACUGACGGAGGAGAUGCUCCCUUCUCCUGCCCCCUUUGCCCUUCACACUUCAACACAGAGGAUCAGCUCAACCAUCACAAACUUCUCCACACCAACCAUCCGUUCCCCUGCCCAGAUUGCGGAGAGGCGUUCAGCCGCAGGAAGGACCUCGACCUGCACUCGCUAACUCAUCAAGACAAGGAGCCGGUCAACUGCCCUCACUGCUUGUCUGCGUUUAUGAACCAGGCUGUGCUGGACAUCCACCUACAGCGCUGCCCCACCUCUGAGGAGGAGAGGCUCACCGGCCGUGGGAGGGGCCAGGGCCGAGGCCGCUCAACUGGACAGAUGGAAUGCGACCUGUGUGGCCACCGUUGCAUGACCCAGGAGAGCCUGGACCUCCACCGCCUGUCCCACACGGGCCAGACGCCGCUUAAAUGUCCGGUGAGGCCUUGCCGCCGCCGCUUCAUCUCCAACAAGGCUCUGGAGGAGCACGUGGUGGCCCACUUCCAAGGCAAGCUGGGGAAGUCCAAAAACCAGGUCCGCUUUGAGUGUCAGAUUUGCCACAAGGGGUUCGCCUACAACUCCACCUUCCAAGUUCACAUGAGAACCCACACCAACGAGAGGCCCUUCGAGUGCGCCACCUGUGGCAAAAGCUUCCGCCAGCUGCCUCACCUGCAGGACCACGAGCGCAUCCACAGCGGCGUGCGGCCUUUCUGCUGCUGGAUCUGCGGCAAGAGCUUCAGCGUGGCGGCCCGCCUCACCGAACACGCCCGCACCCACAGCGGCGAGAAGCCUUACGCUUGCCCACAUUGCCCCGCCGCCUUCCGCUCCCGCUCCAACCUGGACAAGCACAUCCGCCAACACGGCGACAUCCCGGCGGAGGCCGCCGAUCAGCAGGCUAACGCCGCUGAGCAGGCGCAGGUUCAGAAGGUUUUGGAAGGCGCCAAAGUGCUGUCCUCCAUCGCCUCCACCGAGGUGGAGGUGGACAGCGGUGGCGUGCAGACCAUUUACGUACUGCAGGCUAGCGAGGUGAGUGGCGAGACCAUCAUGAUUCCGGCCGAGGAACUCCGCAACAUUGAGGGAGGGUCACAGAUGGUCAUCUUGCCCCCGUCAAUGCUGGGGGCGCAUGGCCUCAACCUGCCCACCAUCACCAUGGACGGUGGCGAGAUCACCAUGGUGGAGACAACGCAGUCCCCGCAGCACUCCAUUGAGUUUAUCGUUGAAGAGACCAUAUGAACCUUUGUAUUUAAAAACUCAAAUGUCUUUAGAUGACAUCAGAAUCUAAUUUUGCAGUCGUGCUUUCACGGGGGAAGACCCCCUGUUUUCCUUCCAAUGAAAUCCCUCAGCAGAAUCUCUUAAAGCCGCUCAUCCUCCGGAGAAGCCUUUCCUGCUGUCGCUGUCUCUUCUGGCUAACCACUGUGGAGAGAAAUAGCAGCCAGCUCAGCGGCAGCACAAGUCCGACAGCACGCUUCAUCAUCCCCUUUACUGUCACGAGCUAACCGAGCAGUGUGUCAAGUAGUGUGUGCCGCAUAGACCACGGUCAUUUGACGGACAUUGUAAUUGAUUGUUUUUGUCCUGUAAUUAAAUAAAUUCUAUUAUUAUAAAACCA